AUGAGUAAUGUUCUGAAUUACUAUAGUCAGCACGUUGAAGAGUGGCUUUAUAAAGAAGAUUUCUUUGAGAUGCGAACAAAAGAUCAGAUUUGUCAUAUUCUUGACAACGCAAAACUUACAAUUCCGCAAUUUAAUUUGAUCCUUAAAAAUAUUUCUAAAUUUUUUAGCAAUGAAGACCACUUUGAGAUAUUGAAGCACAUCCAUAUCAAUUUUCUUAACGAUGGAAUCAAUUACUUGUUUGUUUUAGAUUCUCUUUCACAACUUCUCAAUUUCCCUCUUCUCUCUGAGAUAAAAAACCAUGCACAAACACUCAUCACACCAAAGUCAACUUCUACAACACAAGAAAACACAGAUAAACUUAGAGGAAUUAGUAAAAUAUAUAAAAGUGAUUGGGAACAUCGAAAUGCAAUUUAUGAUAUUCUUAAUAAAGCAUUACAAGAAGGUGACGAAUCUACAAUUAAAGUUUCUGUAGAUGAAAAUAUAUGCUAUUUUUAUGACUCUAAUAAAAACAAUAUAAUACAUUAUGCAGUGAAUAGGGAAAAUCUCAAACUUAUUAAGUUAUUACAAAAAUUUGGUGCAAGAAUGGAUAUUAAGAAUGAUAAUGGAAAAACAAUUCUUCAUAAAUUUUGUGUCUAUGGUGGAAAUUUAGAAGGUGUGAAAUUUGCUCUUAAUUUUAUUGAUAUUAAUGAUAGAACUGGAUAUUUAAGUACGCCACUUAUUGAAGCAGCAAUGGCUGGUGAAAGAGUUAUAGAUUUCCUAUUGUCUCAGCCAAAUAUAGAUGUCACGGCAAAAGAUGAUGAAGGUCAUACAUAUAUCGAUUAUUUAAAUGAUAAAAAUCUAAGUGAUCCCUUUUAUUAUAAUUGCAAAGAGAAGGAUGUUCAUGGGCAAAGUUUCAUACUACACUUACAGAUAAACAAAUAG